AUGGGGGCAAUUGUGAACACAGCAGCUAGGCCUAGGGGCACAAGUGAGCGGUCUGGUGUUGGAACUGUUCCUGGAUCUGGUAGCUUUGAACAACCUCGGCAGACUGAAAAUGUUCAACAUAAAGUCGCUCAUAAGAGAUUUCAAGAACAGCAAGCUCAAGUGGAUGAAGUCACAGGCAUUUUGAAGAAAAAUGUAGACCUUAUUUUGCAAAGGGAUGAAAAAUUAACAGAUUUAGAUGACAGAGCAGAUGCAUUGCAAGAUGAAGCUUCUGAAUUCGGCAAACAGGCUGGAAAAUUAAAGCGUAAAUAUUGGUGGAAAAACUGUAAAAUGCUUGCGAUUCUCAUAGGCAUUUGUAUUGUAGUCAUCGUUAUUAUUUUAGUGUGGGCUGUGUCAGAAGAAGAGAAGUGAAGAUGAUAACAUAUCUAAUGAAUAUGGAUAGGAGUUUUGUAUAAUAUCGCCUUCAUCUCCGUGUAAUUUGUGUGCCAAAACCUCAAUGUGUCUAUUCUAUAAGUGUACUUCAGUGGUGAACCUCUUUUCUAUUUCAUUCAUAUACAUGCAAAUAUUUACAUAAAUACAUACAUAUAUUUCUAUCCGUCAUGUAUAAUCUGUGAUAGAUAUUUUAUUUAUAUUUGAUGAUGUUCAUUGUGUGUUUGUUUACAUAGAUAUUUCAAUUAUUUCUUUUGUGUAAAUGCAUAUUGUUGUAAGUGAA